GAAAAAAGUGGCUUGAGUACGCACUGAAAAAAGGAGUGAGCAGGGGAAGUGGGUAAGAGACACAGCUGAUAGACUGCACGUUCUGAGAGACGAGGAGAACAAUGAGCACCCAAGCAACUGAGAACACAGAAGGAGCUCGGGUUAAAGCAAAAGCAGGUUGGGUGUGUCCCAUUGGAGACAAGCAUAUCCACAGGGAGGAUGUGAGACGGGUCUGGAAGGAAUGUCAAGAAGAGAGCUUCUGGUACCGAGCUCUUCCUCUCUCUCUCGGAAGCAUGGCCGUCACUGGUGGCCUAAUCUACAAUGGUGUUUGGAAACAGUCAAAGAGGUUUGGACCAUUCCCUAAACUUGCAGUGGCAGGUAUUCUGGGUUAUGCGAUUGGGAAAGCUUCUUACAUUGGGACAUGUCGAGAAAAGUUUCAGAAGCUGGGACCAGAGUUCACCAAUGGCUACGGCCCAGGCUGGGGACCAGGCUUUGGGCCCCCAGGCUUCAGAGGUAGACACAGACACUGCAAUCAUGAAUGUCAGGAGUGUCAGAAACUAGAAAAACAAACAGCUGGAGCAGCAACUGAAACACCCACUCAAAGCUGAGGUCACCAAAUGUCCUCGCAGAAACUUCUGACUAAAAUAAGCUUCACCACAAGGGGGAGCCAUACCAGAAAACACAGUUGUACAGCGUGAUCACAGAGAUACAACUUAUCUACAUAACAAACUUAAAAAAGAUGGUUCUUCACGGGUUCUUUUGUAAAGAAAAUGGUUCUAUUUAGAACCAUUUUAUGCUUAAUGGUUCUUUGCAUGCAUGGUUCUUUAGACUGAAUGUUGAAUAUGGUUCUAUAUAUAAAACCUU